AUGGCUUCUUCUACUUCUCUCAGCCCGCUGAUUCUCACCACUGCCCUUCUUUUCCUUGUCUUUGCGAGUCCGACAGCUGCGUUUGGAGCCGGUAACAUUGCCUCCAUCUCAAAAAUCGAGGGUGUCAACUUCCGUCACGGAGAUAUCGAAGAUGUCCUGUUGACUUUGUACAUGGCUCGCGCUGCUGGUGGCCGAAAGUUUUCCAAGAUGGAUGUGAUGCACGUCUACUUCGGUAACUGGCUUCGAGACUACAGUCAGGCUGUGGAUGUUGGUUCUGUAAAACACGUCAGUGCUGAGGCCGUUCGUAUCCUCAUCUGGAUUCUGGGCUUUUUAACCUUUGGAUAUGGUGUUGACGAGUUCGAAGUCACUACUGACCGUCUUGGAUGCUACCAACCCACUGAGCACAUUGAUAAUCCGCUAGGAUACGCCGAUGGGGCCGAUGCAAGGCGUUAUGACCCUCGUCUACGCGGACCGGUGGAUAAACGACGGGAACUAUCUGUUGAUGAACGAACUGGUCUGAAACACUACAUUGCUACUGAGGACAUCGGAAUUGAUACCUCGGCUGGUCUAGUUAGGAGAGUUCUUGGAGACUGCAUCGAGCUCGGUAGACAGUAUGCGCGUUCAGGUAAAAAGGCAGAUCUCUACGAAGCUCUUCGCUUGCUGGGUACCGGCCUACACUGCUUGGAGGACUACGCCGCUCAUUCAAACUAUACGGAAUUGAGUCUGAUUGAGAUGGGUGAACGAGACGUAUUUCCCCAUGUUGGUCGCAAUACUAUGAUCCAGCUUCCUGGGUGUCGGCACGAUGUUUAUCCAAUUGUUACUGGAACUUUUGGCGGAGUGGACUUUCUUCACUCAGUCAUGGGAGAAUUCUCUGACAAAACAACACAAUCUGAGAUUCAAUGCCUCGAGGGUGCUAUUGAGGAAACUCAAAACCAAAGCAAUACUAAAAGCUUCCUCCAAGAGCUAUUAGCUAAAAUUCCUUCAGGCAUUAUCGGUGGAAACGAGUCAGGAAAGAUGGACGAAUUCCAGAGCAAUGCACAAGCCCAGGCACAGCAAGAAAAUAUUACACCACACGAACCUGAAGAGUGGACUCGCUACCUUCAAGAUGUUACCCGACAGAUAUACCCUGUUCUAGAAUGGCACGACAACAUCCUAAAGUCAAUCAACAAAGCCAUUGAAAACAUUCCCGUUCUUCCAGAGUUGAUUGAGCAGAUUCAAGAACAGAUUAACGUUUUCGUUUUUAGUGUCCUUGCUCCCUACGUAUUACCAAUCAUCAAUCAAGUGAAAGCAGAGUUGGAAACUGGCUCUUCCGAAAUUAUCCAAAGCAGCAAGAAGGAACAGCUCAAUAUCUUCAAUGACGAUGACGCAAGUGAUCCUACUCACUCUAUGUUGUCAAAGGAUCAUUUCUCCAACCUGCUGAACGAACCGGCGGGUAAGAUUGCUCAGGAAGUAGUUAAAUGGGUUGUCCCUCAGAUAAUGGAGUGCUGGGAUGAUACGAAUGUUGAUGCGAGCCGCACAUUAAACAGGAUCAUUACCGGUGUUUUCCAUCACCCCGCUCACCGAGAUUUCGGCGAUGAUGGAGCUGCAGAUGUCCGUCGAAUGAUGUUCGGUGCAGUUGAAGAAUGGUGGCAAGAAAAGGGCGAUGAUGGGGUCAGAAGACAAUUAAGUCGAGAGGGGGUUAUGAAAGGAGAGAACCAUAAACCAGGUGUCCAUGACUGUGGCCAUGGAAGUGGUGUGCCUCUAAAGCUGUCUAAAAAGCCUCACGGGCAUGGUGCCAGUGGUGGUUACGGUCGAGGACGCCAGGCAAACGAAUUAAGCAAGCUUGCAGAAGAAGCCGUUGGCGGAGGUGCAAUUGUCAUGGCGGGCAUCAUCAAAAGCAUGAUCAACCCAGCCACCAUCAGUCUGGGGGAUAUCAGCAACCUUCUAGAUACCAGCAGCAAGAAGCGGGGGGAUAUGAACAAGGGGGAUACCAAUAUGGAGGAGGACAUCAGCAAGGAGGCUACGAACAAGGAGGACACCAGCAAUCUAGAUAUGAACAAUCUGGAUAUGAGGGCCGUCAAUCUGGUUAUGGUCAAUCUGGCAGCUAGCGAGUACUACGGCGAGGCUCAAGAAUACUCUGGCUCUUCUGACCGUUAUGGAGACCGAGAGAGCAAACAUUCUCAGCGAGAGCACGGUUACUCUGCAAGCCGCUAUGACGACCAGGGCUCAAGGGCAUCUCAAAGGGAGCAUCAGUAUUCGUCUGGCCGCUACGAGGAACAGUCUAGAUAUUCCCGCAGAGAUGACGACGAUUAUGGUCGUGGAUCGCGAAAUUAUGAAAGCUCCCAUUAUGGAACAGACGAGCGCCGCCGCAGCAGUCGAGAGAGAGAUCAUGGUCGCGACGACGGAUACGAGAGACGCUAUAAAAAAGACAGUGACGACGACGACGAUGACGACGACGAUGAUGAUGAUGAGAGACGCCGCCGUCAUCACAAGCACCAUGGACGUCGUCGUUCUUGA